AUGCAGUCGUUCGGGAUCGGCGUCUGGCUUUUGUCGAGUUUGGAAGGAGCAGGCCAACACCAAGUUACAGUCAAGACGGCAGUUGAGGCCGAACAGAGCUACCGUAGCUUCAGCUUCUUCUGCAUCAGCACAAGUGGCCAAGGGACAGUAGGUAGCGAGCAGGACAGAGAAGACAAACUAGGUGCUGGAAUAUUUACCAAGAGGCAAAACUACGUCUGGGUGCGCUGCGCAUUGUCAUCCAUGGCCAGAGGCAGCACCCAUGCCCGCCACCUCUACCACCAUUGCCUCCUCCAGCUCCUCCUCUUGCUGCUACCAUGCCAGCAGUUCGCUUCCCAUCUCGUCGAUGGCGGCGGCAUUCCGACCACGCUGGACGGGCUGUUCACGCCGGUCACCCGCGCAUUCGACCGCUCGCUCCGGCAGGGCAGCGCGGACGUCCCGCUCUCCGAUCCCCGGUUGGCCCCGCGCGCCCGCCCGCCGUGCCCGGAGCAGAUCACGCUCGCCGCCUCCGCCGAGCCCACCUCGCUCUGGGUCUCCUGGGUGACCGGCCGCGCCCAGGUGGGCUCCCACCUCACCCCGCUCGACCCCGCCGCCGUCCGCAGCGAGGUCUGGUACGGCGAGCGUGCCGGCCACCACCCGCGCGUGGCUACCGGCUCGGCGGAGGUGUACAGCCAGCUGUACCCGUACCCGGGCCUCCUCAACUACACCUCCGGCGUCAUCCACCACGUGCGCCUCGUCAACCUGACGCCGUCCACCCGCUACUACUACCGCUGCGGCGACGGCUCCCUCCCCGAGGGCGGUCUGAGCGACGAGCGCUCCUUCCGGACGCUGCCAGCACCGGCGCCCGACGCGUACCCUCGCCGCGUCGCGGUGGUCGGGGACCUGGGCCUCACCGGCAACUCCACCUCCACCGUCGACCACCUUGCCAAGAACGACCCUUCCCUGAUCCUGAUGGUCGGCGACAUGGCGUACGCCAACCAGUACCUCACCACCGGUGGCACAGGAGUCUCCUGUUUCUCCUGCUCCUUCCCUGAUGCCCCGAUCCGGGAAUCCUACCAGCCACGUUGGGACGGCUGGGCAAGAUUCAUGGAACCGCUUGCGUCGAGGGUCCCGAUGAUGGUCAUUGAAGGGAACCACGAGAUGGAGCCGCAGGGGCACGACGGCGCAGUGACGUUUGCCUCCUACUCGGCACGCUUCGCCGUGCCGGCUGAGGAGUCUGCUUCCAACACAGAGUUCUACUACUCCUUCGACGCUGGCGGUAUCCAUUUUAUCAUGCUCGGCGCGUACGUCGACUACAAUCGCACAGGAGCUCAGUACUCGUGGUUAGAGAAGGAUCUGCGGAGAGUCGAUCGAGUAGUCACCCCGUGGGUCGUUGCUUCUUGGCACUCGCCCUGGUAUAACAGCUACGCCUCGCACUACCAGGAGUUCGAGUGCAUGAGGCAGCAAAUGGAAGGGCUCCUGUACCAACAUGGCGUCGACAUUGUCUUCUCAGGACAUGUACACGCAUACGAAAGGAUGAACCGGGUAUUCAAUUACACGCUCGACACCUGUGGACCGGUUUACAUUACGAUCGGAGAUGGCGGUAACAUUGAGAAAAUCGACAUUGAUCAUGCGGAUGAUCCUGGAAAGUGUCCCUCCCCAGGUGACAACACCCCUGAAUUUGGUGGGAUCUGCCAUCUGAACUUCACAUCAGGUCCUGCGAAGGGGAGGUUUUGCUGGCAGAGACAGCCGGAAUGGAGCGCGUUCCGGGAAAGCAGUUUCGGCCAUGGGAUUUUAGAGGUUGUGAAUUCGACAUAUGCCUUGUGGACAUGGCACCGUAACCAGGAUACAUAUGGAGAAGACAGUGUAGGGGAUCAGAUCUACAUAGUACGGCAACCCAAAGAGUGUCUAAUUCAGUCUAGGAGUGUGUGA